AUGACCCUCAUCAUGCAGCAUCCAAGAUGCUUCCCAAUCAACGAGGCCUGGUAUUUUUGGCCCAACGCAAGUUAUUAUAAUUUAGGUAAAAUUGCAGGCCUGUGCGAGGCUAAUGAAGUGGAGGAUGAAAUUAACUCAUGGGCUGAUAUUGCAUCAAGGGGUCUUAUCAAAAACAUUCUCCAACGUGAGUCCGUACCUCGAGAUACAAUAGUCAUACUCACAAAUGGACUCUAUUUUAAAGGAAUUUGGGACUAUCACUACAAGUUUAAUCCAUGGAUGACUAAAGAUAGAAAAUUCUAUCUUCUAAAUGGGGACAAUGUUUCAGUUCCUUUCAUGAGUAGUAUAAAAAACUACCAUUACGGAGCAUUUGAUGGAUUCAAGGUUCUUAAAAUACCAUAUCAAAGUUCCCAGCCCAACAACUUCUCUACGUAUUUUUUUCUCCCAGAUGAGCAAGAUGGGUUGCAAAAUCUUCUUGGAAAGUUCAAUUCCGAUUUCAGAUUUCUAAAUGAGGAGUACUUCAAGUUAACGAAAGAGACGCCUGACGAAUUUUGGAUUCCGAAAUUUAAUUUCUCGUACAAUCUUGAUGUUUCGAAGGUUAUGGAUGACAUGAGAAAAUCGUUGUCUAUAAUUGUGAGAGACUUGUCCGAGAUGGUGCAGAAUUCUGGGGAUGUUCCAUUCUUUCUCUUAAACAUAUUUCAAAAAGCUUAUAUUAAGAUAGAUGAAAAUGGGCACGGAGGCUAG